AUGUCUCUACUGAAACUUUUGGAGCCGCAAGCUCCACCACUAAGGGAAAAUCAAAUGAUUGCAUUUGAUUACAUAGAUAAUAAUAACGAAUGGCGAUGGUCUCUCGGAACCAUUCUCAAAAUUGACAAGCACAGCGCUACCCUGCAGCGGUGGGACACACUAGGGAAUAAUGAUACUUUGAAGAGCAUCAUAUUAAAGGAGCUUGAAAGAGAAACUAAAAUGCUAGAUACUUUUAGGGGAAAUCUUUGUGUUGCGCGAGACACGCUUGCAGCGAUUCGUAGUGCCAACGAGGACCAUGUGUCACAGGUGCGAGUAGAUUAUGAUCAAGCACGCAUUAAUGUUGAAAACAUCAGUGAGGUGGACCUCAGGAACAUGAUAUCGAAGGCAGUUCCCACACCAAUAGCUAUGGCUGUUUUGAGGGGCGCGAUGGCUGUUGCAAAGUGUGAUCCUUACAUCGAUGAGUUUUAUGAUUGGACUGAUAUUCAAAUUGAGUAUCGAAAAAAACGCAUGUUUCCAGGAGUCAAAGUUGAUAUUAUCGCUAAGAAAUACCCCUAUGCCAAAAUACUGAGACAACGAUUUCUUUUAGAUCCACAUUAUUCCCUUGAUGCCGCCAAACGUGACUCAUUUGUCACGGGUGCGCUUCAUGAAUGGAUUACCACAGCUUUAGCCUACCAAGAGGCAUACAAUAACCUAACAGAGGAUGGGCGUAUACAAGCUCAAAAUAAUGCAAUUGCCGCUUCCAUAGCUGGAAUCAGGGCCAGCCGUGCGAAGAUUGCGACUCUGAAAAAAGAGCUAUCAACAACAUUACAUAAUACAUUCCCAAAACAAGUGACUUCGUUCACAAAGACUUCCAUCUCAACAACCAUUCCACUUUCUGCAGUUAUUUGCCCUAUUGGGGCGGACAGCAGUAUGGAAGGGUGCGCAUUGACUAAUGACGAAGUGCAUGCCAUUUUGUCUGAAGCGAAGAGGGAUAGAUAUAGCUUAAACUUUCAAUUAAACUCUGUAGCUGACAGCUUGGUUGAAACACUUGCUGAAUUACAUACGCUUUCCAUAUAUAUGACAGAUUUGGAGGAGAGACGACUCUCCCUGCAGGAGCAUUAUUUCCUAUUGAUCCAAGGGUAUGGAAGCAAUACUAUAGAUUCAAAAGGACACAUAAACACUGAGAAAGAGGUAUCCAAACUAGAGCCCAUCGAAAGUGAAUAUAACCGAGUCUGUCAUGAGAGUCAUGAUGAAACGCAGCCAAUGGUUAGCUCAAGUCAUCAAAAUUUUUUUCAUGGAAUAGAUUGGAGACUAAUUCUUUCUGAAAAUCAAGAAGAGUUUUUGUUAGCUUUUAUCAAAGAUGCCUCAGCUGCUUGCAGUCUUUCAACGGAAACGCUCCAUAACAUAUCUUUUUCGUUUAGACAUGAUGGGUUACUUGUAGCAUGUGACGUUACACACCCAGCCUGGAUGAGCUGUGAUUAUGUUGAUACCUGUUUGGCUCGUGCCUCAUGGAAAAAUAUAUUAACUCUACGUGCGUCUCAAAAUAUUUCUGAAAGCACACUUGCCUCGAUAAUAGCUGAAACACGCUGUGAUUUACGACUCAAUGAGUCAGGUUUUCCGAAGAUAGCACCCCCCCGAUCUAGCACUGAAGCCUAUAGUGAUUCCUCUUGUGUGACUCAAGGCCCCCGUGAAGGUAAGAUAAGUGACAUUUUGAUUCCUUCACAUAGCAUGAAAAAUGAAAAUACCUCUCUAAAGUAUAUAUUAGAAAAUUCAUCAAGCCAGUUGAAAGCACAAUUAGAAAUGUUAGUGAUAGAACGGGAUAAUUUGAAGGCAAGGAAUGAGGAACUAAUUCACGAAGUUCAAAAAUUCCGUAACUUGAUCGAAAGUCCAAACAACGUAUCAAACAAUCAAAACAUAGAGCGCAAGCUUUGGAGUGAUCAACAAAUGCAUGAGCAACGAGACGUUGAGUUAUACAUACAAUCUAGAGCCGCAAAUCUAUCCUACUCUGAAAUUAACGAUAAACAAGCACAUCAAAAAGAACCACUUAAAGCAGCUGAUAAAGACGGAAAUGAUUUAAUGACGAUUCUGCUAGAAAAGCAAAAGAAGCUAGAUCAAGUAGAGUGUGAUUUGAAACGAACAACAGAAGAACUCCACAGAGCAAAUACAUAUACUUACAGCUUAGAAAGGGGAAAAAGUAAAUCCCUAAGUGAAGAAACGGCGAACAGAAGAGAAUGGCAACUAGCCAAAGAAAUCAUUAUGCUAAAUGGACAGCUAAUGAUAGAAGAAGAAGAUUCAUCAAAAAAAAAAAAUGCCUGCAUCAAAUAG